AUGGGGCUUGCGAACGUCGUAGACCUGCAGAAAGGCUUGCUCCGCACUCCCGAGCCGGUGCCUGCAGAGAAGCCCAAGGCGCCAUGGGAUCAGGACAAGUCCGAGAAAACACCUCUCAAAGAGACCGAGGACGAGUCGGAGAGCAGCAUCACCUCUACGGAAAGGAUUGAGGAUGCCAUUUACGAACUCUACGAUUCGGCAGGGUCUGCUCGCGGUUACCUUGAUAUGAAGGAGGUGGUGGAGCAUCUCAAGAAGAGGCUAAAAGACUUUGAGAAGUUGACCUCAAGCUGGUCUCUGGAAAAGACGAGCUUCGAGUUGCAAACCGUCUCCAACGGUUCCGUGCAGAUCAAGCUUACACAAGGAGCGAUGGACAAUGCGGAGAUGCGAAAGACGGAUCGUACGAAUAGCCUGGCACGCAAAAGAGAGAUGCAGGUUGCUGAAACGGUAUGGCCGGCCUUGACGGAGAACAUUCCCACAAAUCUCUCCCAGACCGAGCUGUGCGCCCUUUUGGUCAAGGCGGCAGACACGAGAAGUCGGGGCCGUCCCGCGAAAGUAUUGGCCGUACUCGUCCCGGAGGCGACGAAAGACAAACUAGACACUGUCACGCUCCUCAAGGACAUCCGCCCUUUUCACGCAUCGCACCUGAUGCGCUCGAUAGUCAGAUGCGAGUCAGCUUGUCCAGACAGCCAAUUCAAAGCUGAGUCGCUCCUCCGGCUCAUCCACGUGUCGGCCCUUGAUAUCAUAGACUCUACAAAAAAAGGCGGCAAGCCCAAGCCUAUCCUUCCCGUCGUGACAGAGAGCUUGAGGGCCAUGAUCCACAAGCCGUUUUCGGAGGUGAUUAAAUCAAGAAAGCCGCAGAUUGUCGCCCAAUGCUUCAUGAUAGCUUGUUGUCGAGCACUCCAGGAGAUGAAUGGUGGCUUUGUGAUGUCAAAGACAUACAGCACCUUCAAUGCGUUUGCGGAGUUUGUCCAAGCCAUGGCGAAUUUCUACAGCACCUUCAGGGCUUACAUGCCAGAUGCGACGGUCAAAGACGGAAAGCGUGACGUCGGAGCCCAGGACGCCGAUGCUGAAGUUCCAAAGCUUAUCGACAAGCUGAAAUCAGCCUGCCAGCAGGCUUUGAAGCAGAAGGUCCACCCGGAAGACCCGCAGGGACUGCACAGGCUCGUAUGGACCUUCGCCAACUUCGGACAUGAGUUCGAAAAGAUCCGCGAGCCCACAGUGAAGCCGGCCCUGCACAUGAUUUCGGAGCUACUAUGCAGUCUUCACUUCAAAGAAGAGACGGGCUGGACUGUGACGAUCUUGGCAGCGCUGGUCACUUCCUACCGAAUGGCAGGUGUCGCCAGCGAGGGUCUCUUUAGAAAGAUCGCCCUGGCCUUGACCGAGCUGGUGAAGAAGAACGCCACUUUCAAACGAGAUCACGUCACACGGACCGUUGAGGCAUUCAAGGGUGUUGGCUUCCCAAAGCUUCUGGACGGCUUCCUCGGUAGCCUGCGGUCAAAGCAAUGGUUCAAGAAUGAGCUGGGCGCUUCACCGAAAGAAGAGACCGCGCCCUUGCUACUGGCGAUGGUUCUUGUCAAGGAUGAUGCGGCGGUGAAGGAGUUUACAAAUUACCUGAGCAGCUGCCGCCAUGUCAGCGAGUUUUCCUUCAAAGACAUCAGCUCGUUGAUGAAGGAGCUCCAUAAUAUUCCAACCAACGCGCACGUCACGACUGCUCGGGGGACCUUGUGGCAAGCCGCAAUGACGCAGUUGGACCGAAAGAAGACGUUACCAGCGCCGGAGGACAUCGAGAACUUGCUUCAGGUGGCCCAGUCCGAAUCAGAGCUCCGUAAACUGCGAGAGUCAUGUGAACACGGGAAACGGCUGGAGACGCUUCCAAAGCCGGACAAAAGUUGGAAAGAUCUGGCUGCAGCUUUCAAGAGUAUGCUUGGCCCGUUUUCUCAAGCGAAGGAGAGGGUGGAGCGCCUUGAGGCCGCCUGUGGCGCCCGGCUCAUGCAGUUCAUCGACCGGCGCUUAUAUGCGUCUUCCUACAAAGCUCGCUCCGUGUCCAUCCAAGACUUGGCGCCAGCUGCUUUAGAGAUCCCAGUUGAAGCAAUAGCCGGAAUGCCGGCACUGACGACUCUGAUCGCGCGCUUCGUUUCCAAGGAGGAGAUUCCGAAAGAUGAUGCUGGCAAAAGCUUGUUCAUCAAGUUGGUCUCUCACUUGCUCAAGGCUUUGAAGCAGCCAGCUACACACCCGGACGAAGAAUUCGAGAGCUGGGUAAAGCACACCGAGGCGGCAGUCGACCAGGGGGCGGGCCUGAAGGUGGAGCUUCUGGAACAGACCCUGAACAAGUAUCAGAAGCAGGACAAAGCAUCGCACCAGAACAUGAAGGAAGCGCUGGGACAGAAUUGGUGCACCAUUCUUCUUGCCAGGUGCGAGAAGCUAGCGUGGAGCGGCGGAGACUCUUUGAGACAUGAACCAACACGUCCGCGAGCCAGCCUACGGGCUCUCGCGACACAUGCGGAGAGCAUUCUGGGGCCACUGACGGGUCAGGUACUUCAGCUCGAGGAAGAGAAGGCCCCUCAGACUCAGGCUAAGAGCCAGCCGCCCAAGAAGCCGGCUCCUGCAGCCACUGCCAAUGCGGCUCCUACAGGUCGAGAACGCAGUCGCAGCCGUGAUGCGGGGGUCCGCGUUCCAGGAGGAUCUCCUCCGAAACGGACAUCCACAGAACUAGCGAAAACCACAGACGUCCCGAUGCCGCCGGCUAAGAAAGCAUCGAGGCUAAAUAGCGUUUAG